UUUUUAUUGUUUUUGUUGCGCUCUGCAGGUGAACUCGACGGAACCGCCGCCUCCGCCUCCGCCGCCGCGCUCGCACCUCCCGUAGUGGUGGGGAGGAAGAACGUGAUCGGGAUCUACAUCUGGGGUGAACUGAUUCCAAUCAGGAGAUGGAAACAAUUCAGGAGCUAGAAUCAAGAAUUCAGCAGAAGUCAGAACCUGAGGUUGAUGAGAUGCCAGGAUCCAUGGAUGAUCAAAAGGCUGAGGAAAUAAGCCAGGAUACAGUCAUGGAAAGUGAUACUAAACCAGCAAUGCAAACUGAGCUGGAAACAAGUCCAGGGGCUAACCCAAAUCCUGCAGAAACAAACCAUGACACAAAUGAGGUAACUUAUGGUGACCCAGGAACCACCACUGAUCCAGGUGCUACUUACCGCUGUAAAAGAUGCCGCACGCUCGUCGCUACAGAAGGGUACGUUGUUACCCACAAAGUUGGUUGUGGUCAGAAGAGUUUUGCGAUGCGCAGAAAGUAUGAUCCAGAUGAGGAGGAACCUGAAUGCACCUGCCUCUUUGUGCAGCCCUUGAAGUGGAUGCAACCCUUCGUGGAAGGAUAUGUUUCGGGGAAGAUCGCGUGCAGGAAAUGCAACACCCGAUUAGGAGAAUUCCACUGGGCAGGAAUGCAGUGCAGCUGCGGAGCCUGGGUCAAUCCAGCUUUCAAGCUCGUCAACAGCAGGAUUGAUAAAUGCGAGAUGUAAUUAGUCAAGCAACUCAACUUCGAAUUAGUUAGCAGUGAAACAGUACGUCCUAGACUUUUUUUUUUAAAGUAGUACCUUCUAGACUUACUUAGGCACUCUGGCAGUAACCACGAUCUGUUGUCCAAACGAAAAAUCUUACAGAGUAUCCGCAAUAUUCAGUGCUUUUAUCAGUUGUCACAAUUUUCUGUUUGUCUCUGAAAACCCUGCAUUUCAAACGAGCUGGACACUGCGUUACGAUUGCAAGUACUUCU